CUUACCUGGACGUUCCCUAAUUUUCCAAGCCCGCCAGUUUCAAAAAAGAAUUAUCGCACCUCCACAAUCACAAGCUGUGCUUAUGGAGAAUUUUGAAACAGAAAUAACAGAAAACCAUUUGAUAGGAAUACAGCUUAUAAAUGGUGGUAGGACUGAAACUCAGACCUGUCUUGGUGUUGUCAUGGUAGCCAAGAAUGAAGACUUAUCCCUGCACAGCUUAAGAGAUCUAAUGUAUAGUCAAGUUACAGCUUUACCAGAGACUUUCAUAUUCUGUACAAAGCAGGGUUGGAAUAUAAACCAGAACUUAGAGAACUCAGUUUUUGUAAAACAAAUUUUAUCAGAAGAGUGCUCAUUAUUUAUACAGAGAUAUUUCGAGACACCAUGUAUUGGAAUUAGACAGGGUUCUGGAGAAAAUCUUGGCAUGGUGUUUGUUGAUCUUCAUUGUGUUUUGUCAGAUGUACAACAAUCUAUUCAAUCACAGAUGACUGGAAGUAAGCUCUCACGACAAAACUACUGGUUCCUGAAACACAAUACCUGGCCAAUCAGCUGUAAGCAAGAGAGUCAGCUGAAAGUGAUUGACAUAAUAGAAGAUUCUUGUCUUAUUGUUGAUGUGCAGACAUUCCUUACACCAAACAGUUCUCCACUGACUCCUAGUCCCCAACCUAGGAAGAAAAUUAAAGGCACAAGACAUUUAUCAUUUCGUACCAGUAAGGAUUUGGAUAGAAAUCCGAUUGCAGAUUCCAGUAUGAACAAUGAAAAACAAAUCUUGAUCAGUUAUGUUAGAACAGAUGCAGCUCAUCAUGCUCUAAUACUAAAACAAGAGUUAUCUUUCCUUGGUUUUAGUGUCUAUCUUGAUGUACAUGAAAUCACAUCAGGUGUGGAUUGGCAGGAUUCUCUCAAUGAUGAUGUCAGGAAUUGUCAGGUGUUUGUCCCAUUGGUCACACCUAAGUAUGGAGAAACUUUAUGGACCAAUAGAGAGAUCAAGUUAGCUGAUGUUUUAGGGAAGUACAUCAUUCCAGUCAGUUUUCUGUCAGACUGGCCACCACCAUGCCUUGCAAUACAAUUUUCUACAACACAGUAUAUCAGCUGGACUACUAAUAAUACAGGUACUAAAAACUCAAAUCUUCCUUCUCUUAUCAAAAGGAAAACUGUAGUAAAGAGUUGUCCAUGUGUAGAUAGUUCUAAUCCACAAGCAACAAUAGAAAACAGAGAGGGCAAUCCACUAGUAGUUAUAUGUGUACAUCCACAGCAAUCCACACUGGCUGUUGGAAUGAAAGAAUUGUUAGCGGUACACAAAUUUGAGGUUUGGUGUUCAACACAGUUAUCAAUGAACUGUCCUGAUUCCUUGACAGAUCAUGAAAAUGGUAUAAAACCAGGAACAAAGGAGUUACAGAACAGACAAAUCUUCCAAGAACAAGCUGAUGAAGCCGGAGUUAUUGUUCUUAUUCUGUCACAACAGUUUAUACUGUCAAGAACCUGUCAACAACAGGUAUUUUAUUGUGAACAAAGGAAGAAACUGGUUCCAGUUUUAUAUGGUGAUUUUGUGAUACCAGGCUAGUUGACUGUAUUAACAGGUCAUCAUGUA